UCCAACAUGUGAAUAGUUUCUUUGAACUAUUUCGUUUCGGAACGGCACAACACUUCCACAGAUUCCUCCCAUUGUAAUAGGAAAAAAUGAUAAACACCCGCCUAUUUCGUCUUGUUCGGGAUAAGCGAUUAAGUGUUCCAGUGCUGCGAUACUUUCAUGAUGAAUUUACUAAACCUGAACUGAAACGAGAAGCUGACAAAAAGCAGGAAAAACACACCUCCGAUUAUGAAACGGAACAAGCAGUUUUGACCGGCGCCAUGAGACACAAAUUCAAAGAGUUUCGGGAAGAAGAAUCACCGGAAAUAUUGGAUGUUGUUGAGGAGCGGGAACGCUAUCAGACACAAGAUGAAACCGAUGAUUUGUACAGUGAUGCAUAUCUGGGACUUAAUUUAAAAAGAGGUGUACAUGGUGUCUUUGAUGUGGAGGAUCUAGUGGAUGUUUUACGCAAAGAAAGUGCCGAAGAUAUAUUUGUUUGCUCUGUACCAAAAGAUCUAAAGUAUGUCGACCACAUGGUUAUCUGCAGUGGUCGCAGCUACCGCCAUAUGUUGGCCACAGCAGAAUUUGUGAGACGGGUGUUCAAAAUGAAAAGACAUAAAGGUGAUGUUCUGCCAAAAAUUGAGGGCGAAAAGAGUCGCGAUUGGAUGGCCAUGGAUUUGGGUAAUAUAGCCUUGCAUAUUUUCUCACCAAAAGCCAGAGAAACAUAUGACUUGGAAUCGUUGUGGGCAAUUGGUGUGGAAUACGAUCGGGAAUACAAUAAACCACAGGAUCCAUUGGUGGAACUUUUCGAAAGUCACUCAACGUUAUUGGCUGAUAUUAAACCAUUGAAUAAGACAUAGUAGUAGUUUAUUUUAAAUGAAUUGUUACUUUGUUAGUUUUAUUGCAAUUUAGUUCAGCUUACAAUUAAGAAAGAUUACAUAUAUACAUAUAUUUUUUGUUAUAUUAAAUCUACCACACUAUA